AUGUCGGCGCCAUCCUCGUCCCAGGCGCUCGAAUACCUGGAGGGCCUGCCUCUGCAGACGCACAAGAAGCUUUAUGAAGCACCGGCAACGGUCCUGGCUGUCUUUCGCUGCAUGUUGCCGCAUCUGGCGAAGACCCUGGUAAUGGCCAUGCUAUACAUGCCUACGUCUUUCCCUGGGGCUCAGCUCGAAGCCUGGUUCAAACCGGGCGCCAAACGUGAAAGAGAGCAAGCCAUCUUCACCCUCCAGCGCCUCCAUAUCCUCGAUUCGACCCAAGAAGACGAUCGCUCGACGUCAUACACCCUCUCUUCAGGCUUCCAGCGCAGCCUGCGACAUGCUCUCGAGGGCUCAGGCAAAGACGGUUCCUUUGGUGUUUCUGCGACGGAGGAAGAGAGCAGAGGCGAGAGGCGGGUCAGCAUCGCAUUUCUAGACGAGCACGCACAGGCGCAGUGGGAGACGAUUCUGUUCUACAUGGUCGGCGGUGCUGCUGGCGUUACGGUCAAGUCGGACGUUAGUCCUGGGACAAAGAAGCUGCUUCACGCCGGAGAUCUGGUUAGGUCUUUUCACGGGGCUCCCCGCAUCACGAAGGAAGGCUUCACUUUUGUGCUGCAAGAGACGAAUGCACAGGUCUGGAAUCUGCUGAUCGUGUACCUGAAAAUGGUCAACGAUCUCGGUAUGAACGAAACCGAUGUUCUUUCGUUCCUCUUCAUGCUCGGCUCUCUCGAACUCGGCCAAGACUACUCGACCUCAACCCUCUCCCCUACACAACUCCACAUGCUGGACGAUCUCUCUGCAAUGGGCAUCGUCUACCGCUCCUCCAAAAACGCCACAGUCUUCUACCCCACCCGCCUCGCCACAACUCUGACCUCGGAUUCCGGAGGCCUCAGCACCUCGGGCGACAGCACAGGCAGUAGCAGCGCCAACCAAGGCUUCAUCAUCAUCGAAACCAACUACCGCCUCUACGCGUACACAAACUCACUCAUCCAGAUCGCCAUCAUCUCGCUGUUCUGCAAACUGCAACACCGCUUCCCCAACCUGAUCUCAGGAAAACUGACAAAAGAAUCCGUCCACCGCGCCGUCUCCCAGGGCAUCACAUCGCAGCAGAUCAUCUCGUACCUGACGACGUACGCACACCCGCAGAUGCAGAAGAACAAGACCUUCAUCCCGCCCACGGUCAUGGACCAAAUCCGGCUGUGGGAGUACGAGGGCGAGCGCGUCGAGACGACAAACGGGUACCUGAUGCGCGAGUUUGGCUCGCAGGCAGAGUACGCAGAUGUGCUCAACUACGCCGACGCGCUCGGGGUGCUGGUGUGGAAGAACGACGAGAAGAGGACCUUCUUCGUCAGCCAUGUCGAGCAGAUCAGUGCCUAUCUCAAGAAGAAGAAGGAGAGGAUGGGGCCGCGGUGA